AUGAACAGGAGAGACAGCGCAUGUUCGAAGAGGUAUGGCAGCAAGGCAAUGGUUUCAGGUUCAUGUUUGGCGCCUUCAACGACAUUGUUGUCGACGAAGCAGCCAAUAAAGGUGCCCAGGACUUCAUCCGCGGGAAGAUACGCCAGAUUGUCAAGGAUCCGGAAAAGGCUCGAAAACUGCAGCCUUACGACAUGUACGCGCGACGACCGUUGUGUGAUGGCAACGCCUCGAACCAACAGAAAUAUUUUUGAGCAGUUCAACCGACCGAAUGUUGAUAUUGUAGACCUCAGGGAGACGCCCAUCACGCACAUUGAGCCCAAGGGGAUCUAUACGUCAGAUGGGACACUGCAUGAACUCGACGUCCUCAUUCUUGCCACUGGCUUCGAUGCCGUAGAAGGCAAUUACACCCGCUGUUCGAUACGUGGCCGAGAUGGUCUUUCUCUCAAGGACGUCUGGAAGGAUAGUACGAAUUCGAGCGGAUUCCCCAACCUUUUCACGAUCACAGGGCCAAAGGGUCCGUUCACGAACAUACCGCCCACAAUCGAAGCUCAAGUAGAGUGGGCCACAUCGUUGAUCAAGGAAGGACAGAAGGAGGUCUCCCCAGUAAUCGAAGCCACCCAAGAGGGCGAACAAAAGUGGUCAAAGUUAUGCGACGAACUGGCCGCAAACUCGCUGUUCUGGAAAGCCGAGGACAAUUGGAUCUUUAGAGCCAACGUUUCCGGGAAGGCCCGUACAUUGCGGUGGGUGGGUACUAUGAAGAGCUCAAGAAGCAGGAGCAGGCAGGAUAUCCGGACUUCAAGUCGUUCGAUGGUGGGCCAGUGCUUUGAGGUUGUGACGGUUCCGGUAGUAUCGCGUGCUCCUUGGUGUAUCAAGUCGUUGCAAUCACGCCAGAAAGCGAAUCCUGGAACGCUCGCACAGUAG